CAUGCUAACAGUGUAAACGCCGAAUGCGUACGUGCUUGCAGCCUUAAUUAAAUAAAGCCAACUGUCACGGAGAGAAAUUGGCACGGGGGUAAAGAACUGAAGUUAGCGGGGCUUUUGGAGAACCUGCACCGCAAACGCCUGGCGGUUAUUUACUCACCAUUUCAGUCUCCCGUGGAAUACGACAGGCCGACACUGAUGGGCAGGCUGGGCAUUUGGACGCUCCCCAUCUUGUUCGGAGCCUCUUUCUGGCAGCUCUGUGACGGACAUGGUGGUGUUGAAAUGGCGAACAGAGCAGACGGUGUCCCCGAGGGACUUCAGCAACUGCAAUAUGGAACAUCUGAGAAGAAACCCAGCCAAUCUGGGGGCCUGUGCAGAACCACCUACUGUGGAAGGGGCAGAGAGUGUGUGGUCAGGCAACAGACAGGCCAGGUUGAGUGUGUGUGCCAAGAGAAGUGCCACAGCUCGUUUGUGCCUGUCUGCGGAUCUGACGGGCAUUUCUACGAGAACCACUGCGAGGUGUACCGCACAGCCUGUGUGCAGAAGAGGAGGAUCUAUGUUGUACACAGCAAAGACUGUUUCUUCAAAGUGGAUACAUGCAGUAUGGCUGAAUACAACAAGCUCAAAGGCAUGUUGCUGAACAUGCAGCAUGAAGGCGUGGCAGAAGGCACUCCUGCAAAUGCAAUGAACCAGAGGAAGGUGUUGGUUAACACCAUGUUCAAAUACAUGGAUAUGAAUCACGAUGGGCGUAUAAGCAGUGAAGAACUAGCACAGAUUUCCAUGAAGAAGCACUUAGAGGACAGCCUAUUAGAGUGCACCAUGCAGGACCUGCUACGCUAUGAUGACUACAACAACGAUGGCAUCCUCAACCUACAAGAGUUCUACACAGCCUUUCAGGUUGUUCAGCUCAGUCUCCCCGAGGAAGAACGGGUAAGCAUUACCACUGUGACUGUGGGCCUGAGCACAGUAUUGUCCUGCACUAUUCAGGGGACACUGAGGCCACCAAUCAUUUGGAAAAGGAAUGGCAUUGUACUCAACUUCUUGGACCUAGAAGACAUUAACGACUUUGGUGAUGACGGCUCCCUCUACAUUACCAAGGUGAUAACCAUCCACAUGGGAAACUACAGCUGUCAUGCAUAUGGGUACGAGGAGAUGUCCCAGACCCAUGUGCUGCAGGUGAAUGUUCCUCCAGUAAUACUGGUCUACCCAGAAACUCAGGCCCAAGAACCUGGUGUAGCUGCCAGUCUACACUGCCAUGCUGAUGGCAUUCCCAACCCCAAACUCACCUGGCUGAAGAAUGGCCUCGAUCUGCAGCCCUACAGUUCUAAGCAGCUCUCGCUCAUCGCCAACGGCAGUGAGCUACAUAUCAACAGCGUGCGUUAUGAGGAUACAGGAGCAUACACAUGCAUUGCCAAAAAUGAAGUCGGAGUGGAUGAAGACAUCUCAUCCCUGUUCAUAGAAGACUCUGCACGAAAGACAUUGGCAAACAUUCUGUGGCGGGAAGAAGGCCUGAGUGUGGGAAAUAUGUUCUACAUUUUCUCUGAUGAAGGGAUCACGAUACUGCAGCCUGGCAACUGCGAGAUUCGGAGGCAUAUCAAACAAAGUGAAAGGAUUAUGGCCACUUAUGAGGAAAUGUGUCCCAAAAGUGAGGGGGUUACACCCCAACACUGUGUGUGGGGCUCAGCAGUUAGUGUGCGGAACAAGUAUGUCUACGUCUCCCAACCUUUUCAGAAAAGGCUGCUAGUCAUCGAUACCCAGGCACAGAAAGUUGUCCAGGCUGUAGAAACAGACCCAGUGCCAGUCAGGCUCUUCUAUGACAAGUCCCAUGACCAGGUGUGGGUGCUGAGCUGGGGAGACAUUCAGAAGACCCAUCCCACCUUGCAGGUAAUUGUGCAGGCAAGUGUAGGGGAGCUGCAUCGCACCAUCCGCACACAGUUCCAAAGAGUGGAAGACUUCUAUAUCCCACCCACCAACCUCAUUAUCACCCACGUUAGGUUUGGGUUUGUCUUCUUGAAAGUGGAGCCUGCUGUGCAUAAAAUUGACCUGGAGACCUUCCAUUGCAUCAAGACCAUCAGUUUGAAGAAUUAUAGUUGUGUGCCAGUAAGAAUGGCCUACACUCACUUGAGCGGCUACUACUUUAUCCAAUGCCAAGGAAAGAACCACUCCAGCCCCAGCCCACAGCUCCUUAUUGACAGUGUUACUGAUGCUGUCAUUGGACCAAACAAUGGUGUCACCGGAAGUCCCUUUGUGUCACCUGAUGGCCGUUAUGUGGUGACACCAGACAAUCAGAGCAAAAAACUUAAAGUUCAGACCAUCUCAUUCCAGGGAGAACUUCAGUUAAAACAUGAGCUGAACAUCUCAGCUCCUAUAUCAGACUUGGUUUUUCAGCCAUCAUUCACAGAGUCAAACCAGUAUGUGGCAGUUGCCUCCUCAGCUCUGGGUUCUGACCUGCUCAUCUCCGACCUAUCCACGGGGAGAAGCGAGCUUCUCAGGAAUCUCAAAGAGCCCCUUUCAUCCAGCCACUGGCCCUGGGGUGAUGUCAACAGGGUGGUGGUCUCCAGUGGUCUGUUUGGACAGUACUUGGUCACACCAGCAGCCCAGUCACUGUUUGUUCUGGAUGGUAGACAGAGCAGCCUUCACUGUGAGGUGUCAGACAUCAAGAGAGGAAACACAGUGGUCUGGGUUGGAGAGGUAUGAGCCACAGACUGCUGGCCGGUUCUGUGCUGAACGGCGUCAGCCUGAUUGGCUGACGCUGCCAUAACUUUUCAAUGGACACAAGUGGACUCAACCCCAGGACUGAGCGAGAGGAACACACACGGGUUAUUGUAAUAAUUGUAUACACACAUAGACACACAAAUGCAUGCACAUUCACACACACACACACACACACACACACACACA